CCCUUGCGCGAAGGCAGGCAGGAAGACCUGGCGGCACUGAAGCUGCUGCCAGAAUGGAUGGUAAUUGUGAGAGUGCUCGUUAUACACCUCGACCUUGGACGAGCUGCCGACAGCGGUCUGUUUGGACUUUUAGGAGAUGAAAUUAUACAAGUGGUGGACGCCACUCUGCCGUUGGCCUCGCAGCUGUAUGCGCUAGCCGAGCAUUGUGAACGUGGAGCUUCUGCCGUCACGCAUGCACAGGACUUUACUCGAAUGUCUGCAAACGACAUGGAUGCCAUGGUGAAGCGUGUGGCGUUCAAAAUGUUCCAUGAUCAUGAGAUAGGCAAACGUCUGCGGCCAGCAAUCAUGUUCAGGCUGUGUACAGAGAUGUGUAAUCAC